GAAAAGUUGUGCCAAUGGGAUUUUCAUAUAACUUUGUCUUUACAUUUUCUAUGAGAUAUUAUAAAGCUGGGUGAGCUACUUCCUUUAAGUAAUGCAUUGAGAAGUGUUGGUGUCUUGUUUUUUCGUAGCAGCAAAGCUAUGGAAUCGGAGACCAAGAUUAUGGUUGCUGCUAAUGCUAUAUGUAUGAACCAAAACCAAUGGCUUUACUGCUUCUAAGACCAGCUUGAGGCAUCAAUAUAUAUGUGCAAAGAAAAUCUUAUAGAAGAAUCAAAAUGUUACCAACAUCUGAAUUAGGUAGAAGCCUGCAUUUGAUCACUCUCAUCAAUUAGUUCUUACAGCAUCCAUAGCAAAUACCCCAACCCCCUUUCGCCCCCGAAAUUAGCUUUAAAGCGGGGAGAAAGCAAAAAUCUAGUGAGUGGGACUAUGAACGAGAUUGGUUCUGCAAGAGCAAAACCAUGGAACAUAUAUACAAGCUCAGACUCAAGCCCGUCUCAAGCAGGAAUUGAUCGGCAAGUGCAAUGGAAAAGCUCUGGAACAUCCAUGAAUGCCAUUUCUUUUGGAUUUGUUGCCACAGCUAUCUUGAUAUCUAUGUUUCUUAUCAUGGCCAUCUUUGAACAUUUGUUCAAGCCAAGUCCUUCCUUUUCCACACCUGAAGGCGCAACUCAUGGUUCUCUAGAGUCUGGCACUUUUAAGAAGCAUGGAAUUCCACAAACUGUUUCGACAUCUUAUGCGCCUGAUUUCUCAGUAUUGAUGCCAGGACAGCAGUAUCCUACCUACCUUGCCCAGCCUGCUCCUCUCCCCUCCUGCUCUAGGGAAGGGAUUUGUUGGCCUUCCCAUGAACAUAAAUUGGUACUUCCUUAGGAUACACAUACUUCCAUUGCGGCAUUAUAAUUACCGGGGCUGUUUGUAUAUCUACAAAAUGGUCAUAUUUCUUCAGUUCCAUACUAAAAUUUUCUAUUAAAA